UUUUAAGGUGAAGUCUGAGUGUCCUCGCGCUGUUGCUUUAAUCAGCGUUGAUUAGUGUCAGGUGUGUUCCUCUCGGCUCACGCUCACAGCUCCUUCUGACAGUGGUUGUCAGAGCACCCAACAAUGUCUCUUCUUUCUGUGUGUUUCGUGUUUGUUCUUUAUGUUCUGUCUGUUUUAGUUACAGUUAAAUGCUACACCGACCAAACCAGUCCCGUUUUUCUGUCUUCCCCUGACUUGGCCGCGCUGGACGCGACGUCGCACGCAAACAAACCCCGCUUUGAGGAUCCUGUUGGAAUAACAGCAGCUGGAGAGGACGGGGUCAAAACCUUCGUGCUGAAAUGCCAUGAGGAAAACAUGGAGGUCGUGAUGAAAGCUCAGCUGUUUGACCCCGGUCUUUCUGCAGAGCCCAUGCGGCUGAGGCUCGGACCUGUCGGUGCUGCAGGAGAUCACUGCGUCGCCAAGGUGACUGGGAAUGGAGAGUACAUCAUCAGAGCUCCGCUGGCUGAGUGUGGGAACAAAGUGAUGUUUACAGACAGCGCUGUGCUUUACAGCAACCUGCUCCUCUACUAUCCUCCAUCGUCACCUGGUGACACCUUUCAACGGGUGCGUUUUGCCGUUCCUGUGCAGUGCGAAUAUGAAAGGAGAUACACGGUGAGCAGCAGAGAACUGAGGCCAACCUGGAGCCCCUUCACUUUAUUCCAGUCAGCUCAUCUUGACCUCGAUUUCCACCUCAGGCUCAUGACAGAUGACUGGAGCAGUGAGAGGACGUCAUCUGUCUACUUUCUCGGUGAAACGGUCAACAUGGAGGCCUCUGUAGACCAUCAUCAUCAUCUUCCUCUUCGUCUGUAUGUCAGCAGCUGUGUGGCCACUCUGACCUCUGAUGUGAAUUCUUCCCCCAGAUAUCCCUUCAUAGACCACCAGGGAUGUUUCACAGACUCCCAGCUGAGCGGCUCCAAGUCUCGUUUCCUGUCCCGAGUUCACAACAAUCAUCUCCAGAUUCAGCUUGAGCCUUUCCUCUUCCACCGGGACCGCAGACACUCUAUCUACAUCACCUGCUACCUGGAAGCUGAGCCCAUUUCAAAGAGUGACCCGGUAAAGAAGGCCUGUUCUUUCAUAAACAACAGGUGGAGGUCAGUGGAUGGUGAUGAUCAUGUGUGUGAGAGCUGUGCAGAAAAGGCAUCCUCCAUCAGCAGUGCCGGGUCCAGUCACAAGAGGGUGCACAGGAGCAGAAGAGAAGGAAACGAGCUGCACAGAGAAACCACCUUGGGUCCGAUCGUAUUUCUUCCAAGGAAAGCUGACAGCAGUGGGAAUCCCAACUAUCUGUUUAAUAAAACGUAAAGAAAGGGGCAGACAGGUAAACACUGACUCUGACUGCUUUGUUGGACUUUUGACCUUUUUUUACAGCUAUUUGCAGACUAAACCUGUGGAUGCAUUUGAAAUCUCAAGUGUUUUGCAUGUACUCCAGUAGUGUAAUAUAACCUCUGUAAAUGUAGAUCUGCACAGCCAGCAGAUCUAGAGUUUUUAAUAAACAGAAAAAAGUCUGAUCA